AUGAAGCAUUCGACCGCUCACCGAACGGAUCAGACCCCACGCUCUUAUUUGUUACGCGUCCUGUCCCGCUUCCUUGUCUGCUCCACCCUCAUCCUGGCCCUCAGCGUGGCUCUCAAAUCCCGCUCUCGUCUCUCCCUCCUCCUCCCCCACCUCUCUACCACAAAAGUCGAAACCAUGUCCUACCAACAAGAACGUUACAUUGCCGAAUUGGCCGUCCAGCGGGCGUGCCUUCUCACCCAGAAGGUCUUCUUCGAGAAGGCUAAGGGUACCGUCUCCAAGGACGACAAGUCCCCCGUCACCAUUGGCGACUUCGGCGCCCAGGCCCUCAUCAUCUCCGCCAUCCGCAAGAACUUCCCUAACGACGAGAUUGUCGCCGAAGAAGAGGCCAGCUCCCUGCGUGAGGACAAGGACCUCAGCGCCGAGAUCUGGCGCCUGGUCAAGGACAUUAAGUUGGACGACGAGGAGAGCGACAACAUCCUCGGUGGCCCCCUUACCAGCGAGCAGAGCAUGCUCGACAUCAUUGACAACGGCAACAGCGCCGGUGGCCCCAAGGGCCGCAUCUGGGCCCUCGACCCCAUCGACGGCACCAAGGGCUUCCUGCGUGGCGGCCAGUACGCUGUCUGUCUCGGUCUGAUGGUUGACGGUGACGUUAAGGUCGGUGCCAUCGGUACCCCCAACCUCCCCGUUGAUGAUGCCGCCCCCAUCGAUGCCAGCACCGGCUCUCAGCAGACUGCAACUGCCGCCAACGGUGUUCUGUUCUCCGCCGUCCUCGGCGAAGGCGCCACCAGCCGUCCCCUUGCCAGCGGCACUCUCGCUGCCAGCAAGGCCAUAUCCAUGCGCCCCGUUGCCAAGAUCUCCGAGGCCGUCUUCUGUGAGGGUGUUGAGGCUGCGCACUCCGCCCAAGGUGACAACGCUGCCGUCGCCCAGCUUCUCGGUAUCACCGCCCCCAGCGUGCGACUGGAUUCGCAGGCCAAGUACUGCUCUAUUGCCCGUGGUGCCGGUGACAUCUACCUCCGUCUCCCUGUCAAGAAGGACUACCAAGAGAAGAUCUGGGAUCACGCUGCUGGUGACCUUCUUGUUCGUGAGGCCGGUGGCCAGGUCACCGACAUCUACGGAAAUCGCCUGGACUUCAGCAAGGGCCGGACUCUCGCUGCCAACAAGGGUGUUGUUGCUUCACCCAAGGCUCACCAGGACGCUGUCGUUGCUGCCGUCAAGACCGUGCUGAAGCUGUAA